AAUCUCAUGGGCAUGCUGCGGGAGCCCCUCCAGGAGCACAGCGAGGUGUCCUUCCACUCUCUGCUGCCCCCUCUGGCUGACCGCAGUACUGCGGCAUGCUCCUUUUCCGCACUACUCGUGUUUGUUUCAGGAAGGAUACUCAGUGUGGAACAGGAGGAAUCGUAUGGCACCAUUAUGAUUGCAAAAGGACCUCAGUAUGAGGAGGAGGGGGACUGGGUGCCGCACACAGACUGAUACGUUUACCGAAACUCACAAAUACAGUUCAAACCGUCUACAUUACCAGUAAUAACGUUCUUUAGAAAUGUUUUAUUGGAAGACAUAUUUGUGAUUAGAACAUAUGAAAUUCAGCACUUGUUGGAAUUUGAGUGUAAUGUGUUUUUACCAUUAUGAAUUUCUGCUAAUUCUCAUUAAUGUUUAUGUCCCUGUUCCUUUUGUAAACAAAUGUUAAAAAUGUUAAUAUUAUUCAGUGGUGUCGAGCUUUACUGAAAAAUGUACAAUUGUUAAGUGGUAUUACAGUACAGGAAGUGUAGUGUACAUGAAUAAACCACUGCAGCUCUAGUUUAAACCUUGACUUUCGUGUGAUGUGUUAGUAGCUGCAGUAGGCAGGAGCGCUUCUUUUAACGGUGUGGUUCAUACUGGGUUUUCUCUGAUCAGUCACUCAUUUGCAUAAAA